AUGGGAGGCGGCCCCUCCUACAGAGGCGGCCCCUCCUACAGAGGCGGCCCCUCCUACAGAGUCGGCCCCUCCUACAGAGGCCGCUCCUCCUACAGAGGCGGCUCCUCCUACAGAGGCGGCCCCUCCUACAGAGGCGGCCCCUCCUACAGAGGCGGCCCCUCCUACAGAGGCGGCCCCUCCUACAGAGUCGGCCCCUCCUACAGAGGCCGCUCCUCCUACAGAGGCGGCUCCUCCUACAGAGGCGGCCCCUCCUACAGAGGCGGCCCCUCCUACAGAGGCGGCCCCUCCUACAGAGGCGGCUCCUCCUACAGAGGCGGCUCCUUCUACAGAGGCGGCCCCUCCUACAGAGGCGGCCCCUCCUACAGAGGCGGCUCCUCCUACAGAGGCGGCACCUCCUACAGAGGCGGCCCCUCCUACAGAGGCGGCCCCUCCUACAGAGGCGGCUCCUCCUACAGAGGCGGCUCCUCCUACAGAGGCGGCGCCCCUCCUACAGAGGCGGCACCUUCUACAGAGGCGGCUCCUCCUACAGAGGCGGCACCUCCUACAGAGGCGGCCCCUCCUACAGAGGCGGCCCCUCCUACAGAGGCGGCCCCUCCUACAGAGGCGGCCCCUCCUACAGAGGCGGCUCCUCCUACAGAGGCGGCCCCUCCUACAGAGGCGGCCCCUCCUACAGAGGCGGCCCCUCCUACAGAGGCGGCCCCUCCUACAGAGUUGGCCCCUCCUACAGAGGCGGCCCCUCCUACAGAGGCGGCCCCUCCUACAGAGGCGGCCCCUCCUACAGAGUUGGCCCCUCCUACAGAGGCGGCCCCUCCUACAGAGGCGGCCCCUCCUACAGAGGCGGCCCCUCCUACAGAGGCGGCUCCUCCUACAGAGGCGGCACCUCCUACAGAGGCGGCCCCUCCUACAGAGGCGGCCCCUCCUACAGAGGCGGCUCCUCCUACAGAGGCGGCUCCUUCUACAGAGGCGGCCCCUCCUACAGAGGCGGCCCCUCCUACAGAGGCGGCCCCUCCUACAGAAGGCGGCCCCUCCUACAGAGUUGGCCCCUCCUACAGAGGCGGCCCCUCCUACAGAGUCGGCCCCUCCUACAGAGGCGGCUCCUCCUACAGAGUUGGCCCCUCCUACAGAGGCGGCUCCUCCUACAGAGUUGGCCCCUCCUACAGAGGCGGCUCCUCCUACAGAGGCGGCCCCUCCUACAGAGGCGGCCCCUCCUACAGAGGCGGCCCCUCCUACAGAGUUGGCCCCUCCUACAGAGGCGGCCCCUCCUACAGAGUCGGCCCCUCCUACAGAGGCGGCUCCUCCUACAGAGGCGGCCCCUCCUACAGAGGCGGCCCCUCCUACAGGUUGGCCCCUCCUACAGAGGCGGCCCCUCCUACAGAGGCGGCCCCUCCUACAGAGGCGGCCCCUUCUACAGAGGCGGCUCCUCCUACAGAGGCGGCACCUUCUACAGAGGCGGCCCCUCCUACAGAGGCGGCCCCUCCUACAGAGUUGGCCCCUCCUACAAAGGCGGCCCCUCCUACAGAGGCGGCCCCUCCUACAGAGGCGGCUCCUCCUACAGAGGCGGCCCCUCCUACAGAGGCGGCUCCUCCUACAGAGGCGGCACCUUCUACAGAGGCGGCUCCUCCUACAGAGGCGGCCCCUCCUACAGAGGCGGCCCCUCCUACAGAGGCGGCCCCUCCUACAGAGGCGGCUCCUCCUACAGAGGCGGCCCCUCCUACAGAGGCGGCCCCUCCUACAGAGGCGGCACCUUCUACAGAGGCGGCCCCUCCUACAGAGGCGGCCCCUCCUACAGAGGCGGCACCUUCUACAGAGGCGGCCCCUCCUACAGAGGCGGCCCCUCCUACAGAGGCGGCCCCUCCUACAGAGGCGGCUCCUCCUACAGAGUCGGUGGAGGCUCGCAGCCUUUGA